AUCCACCACAACACUCGUCCUCACCCGGGGUCGGGCAACCCACCCCCUCCCCGGGGUCUCCCCACGUGCGUGAGUAAAGACGGCAACAGGAGGCUGGCCCAGACGGUGGCUUUCGCCAGGGAGGAGUCAGACCCAGUAGUCGACGAACUAGGGACGCCGCGGGAUCCGUCUGCGACACAGAGGGGUUACACCAACACUUUACCCAUUCACUUCCAAAGCACGGCCAUCCAGCGCUCGCUGGGGUCAGCGUUCCAACCCGUGAUGGCCAGAACUCGAGUGGGUUACAAGACUCCGGAGAAUUCAAAGUCCCCCAGCACCACGUACAAGAUCUUCUCGGAGAAACCAGGCGGAAACGUCAAACUUCAAUUCCCCAUUUCGACCCCCAAGACUUUGUGGACGCGGGAAACGAACGAAUACUCCAGCAACAACAGCACCAUCAUCGUCAGCAAGCAGGCGAGAGCUAAAACUAACAACAGCGAAACUCGAGCGGAUUCGGGCAAAGACAAGCAGCUCGUGAAAAAAGAUGCCAAAAAUAGAGACAGACCACGUGACCGCGAUGAUGCUUUGUCACUUCCGGAAGAAGAGAGGUCAAAAGACGACGAUUUCGAAGGGAUGGAAAGAAAACCUCGAGGUGGGAUGAUCUACCGUUUGAGAGAUUCCAAACUCGCCGGUAACAGGAACACAACAACUGGGCACACGGAGCAGGCAACGGAGACAAAUGAGCGGCGCACGGAUACAAGAGAG